CUGGUCAUUCAUUUAGAAUCGACUGAACAUUUUCGUUUGAAUAGUAGAAUAUGCGACGAGAUGCGUUUAGGGUUUUAGUAGGGUUUAGAGAAUGAAGAAGAAGAUCGUAGCGGGCUCGUACGAGCGCUUCGUCUGGGCAUGGGACGCGGACCUUGCCACCGGCGAGCUCUCUCAAUCCUUCUCGCGGCCAUCGCAUCUAGGGCCGAUCAAAUGCGCCGCGGGAUGGGGCGGCGAUCUCGUCACUGGCGGCUCGGAUGACACGAUCCACAUCUUCGACGUCGCCGCCAAUCGCGACGUGGGCGUGGCGGAGGGGCACAGGGCGUCUGUGACGGCGCUCGAGUUCUUCGGCACCGACGCCACCGGGAAGGCAUCGCACUUGUUUAGCGCAUCCGAGGAUGGGACCAUUUGCGUGUGGGAUGCCGGCAGCUGGAUCCACUUCAAGACGAUGAAAGGGGGCAAUGCGGGGAUUCUGGAUCUCUCAAUUCAUUCCUCCGGGAAGCUGGCGAUCUCGGUGGAGCGACACGGUGGCUUUCGAAUGUGGAACUUGCUCAGGGGGAGGUGUAGCUUCAAGACUAAGGUCGCGAGGGAGGCUUCGCUCGUGAGUUUCUUGCCCGAGAAGGAGCAUAGCUACGCGAUGGCGUGCGGCAGUGCUGUGGAGAUUCACAAUGCCGAGGAUGGGAAGGUUUUCCAGACCCUGGAUCAUGACAAACCUGUGCUGUGCAUGGCUCCAUUUCACGAUGAGCUUUUGUGCACAGGAGGAGAAGACUGCAGCGUGAGUGUGUGGGACUUUCGGUCUGGGAAAACCGCGCAUAGAAUCGCCGCUGCUCACGCGAGCCGUGUCAAGGGAGUGGACAGGCUGAGCGAUUCCCAGCUUUUGGUUUCGGCCUCGUCGGACGGGACCGUGAAGGUGUGGGAUUUGCGAGUGGUGUCACAGGCAGAAGAUGAUGGGAAGCCAGUGCCGCUAAUGCAAGCCGAUACACGAGCUCGUCUCACCUGCGUUGUCGGCUUCAGUGCUGGUGUUGGCGCAUUGACACGCGAUGAGGAAGAGGAAGUCGUCGAGACGGAUGAAAUCAAAGAGACCGAUCGGAAGAAACAACGAAAGGUCAAGAAGCAAAAGGUUUGACGCCAUGCCAGCAACAAUUCUCGCGUGUGCACGGUCCUCGGACUGAGGCAGAAGAAACGCAAAGUUUCGGUUUUGUGAGAUACAGGUACUGUGAUUGUGAUGCAAGAGAAACCAUAUCUAUAAAGCCUGGCAUUCCUAAAGCCAGUGGCAUUUU